AUGAGUGACAGGAUAUUUUUCCAGAGAGCAGCAGAGGCUAUUAUGCACACUAGUAUGAAUGGAGACAAGGUAGAUCCCACGAUACGGGAAUUAUUGAAUAGGAUCAAGUAUAUGAAUCCCAAUAGGGGUCUACAGGCGGAUAGGUCUCAACUUGGUGGUAAGCAGGGUCUUACGGGGUCGUCCUCACAAUAUGCUGGUUCAAACGAUGAAGGUUCGGUAGUUCCCACAACGAUAGCGUCAGAAAAACGAACUGUUUUGAACUACUUUGAUAAGCUAUUAACGGUAGGGACUCAGUCAGCAGGGGCAAAUCUUUCGCCGGAUGCUGAUAGUACUAGCAAUGAUGGCACUCCGAGUGAGGGGGGGGUGCAGAAAAGACAGAAGAAGUCCAUGCCAUCUUGGGGAAAUAGAAAAAAGGGCCAUACAAGAGAUCUGUCAUCGAGCUUCACAGCGUCUGAGACGCCGUCAGAAGAAAGGAAAUUCCACUGUUCAAAGUGCGAACUAGUAUUUCGCCGUAGUGGCGAUCUUCGAAGACAUGAGAAGGUGCAUUUAUCCAUUCUGCCGAACAUAUGUUCUUUGUGUGGUAAGGGGUUUGCAAGAAAGGAUGCGCUGAAACGACAUUUUAAUACCCUAACUUGUAAACGCAACAGGCAAAAGUUGCUUAGUAUUGGUGGUGAUAUUAGCGAGAUACUGGAAAAGGCCAGGCAGAAUGGCGCAAAGGUAUAG